CUGUCUGUUAUCUGACAUGUUCCUGCUUGUAGUGUUGGCAGAAUAGGAAAAUAUCAGGACUUAAAAGAUACAUUUAAUGCUGUUGCAGCCCUGGUCAUAGAAAAAAACAACUAUAAUUUUAUUUAAAGUUAAACAUCCACAAAAACACAACCACCACAGACACACUUUCAAGCAUGAUCACCACAUUUCAUUUUCUUCGUUGUUAUUUGGCUUCUGGUGCCCUGGCAGAUGAUUGAGUGAGUCAUGAUGGUAAUAACAGGCAGAAUUGGGCAGGAAUGGCGCUCGUGCUGUAAUUUAACAUGGAGGAACGUCGAGGAGGCGGGUUUUAGAUAUCAUCUCAGCCGAUCCGGUUGGCGGCAGGCCGGGCUCGCAGCUUUUCUCCGUCCUCUCUCCGCUCAUAUUUAUGCAUUAGGCGUUUCUGCAGUGAGCCGCUGGAUAUUGAUGUGUUUUAAGGAGGUGUCCCCAGUCCUCUCCUCCCCUCCAUCCACCCCUCCCACCCUCCCUCCUUCUCUCCCUCUCUCUCUCCCUCACACUCUCUCCUCCCUACCUCCUCCGUGCUGCUGAUCCGCGGGGUCUCGGUGCGCUCAGACGCGUUCGGCGUUCAGACUCGUAGGUACCCCGAUGGCCCCCCACCAAAGGGACUGCAUUAACCAGACGACCAGCCCCGGCUCCAAACUCUCCUAGCGAAGGCAGGACCCCGAGAGCCUGCUCCUGGAAUACCGCAUUGUUUUAUAAUUUCCAACCAGAGAGAGAAAGGUGAUGAUGCUGAUGAUGCGCCCGCGAUGGUGGAUUUCCCUUUUGUGCGUCUGUGGACUGAUGCACGUCGGACACCAGAGGAGCCCUACUGCCCGAAAUGGAGACGCCUUGUCGAGCUUGAAGGCUCUUCGUGAUGCAGGCAGGUUUGUCGGGAAGGAGGACACGGUGCCUCUCCGCCUUCUCUACAACAGGCACAACCACAGCCAGAUCACACAGGAUGAGCUCAGCACCAGGGUAAAAGCCAGCAGCUCCGGCUCCUCACAGGUGAACCAUGUGGCCCAAGCAAGCUUUCAGGUCAACGCCUUUGGCAGAGAAUUCAUCUUGGAUGUGGAACUGAAUCAUGAUCUGCUGUCUUCGGGAUACGUGGAGAGGCAUUUGUCAGAAAAAGGGAAGACUGUCGUCACCAAUGGUGGAGAGCACUGCUACUACCAAGGGAAGGUCAGAGACAUCCCUCGUUCCUUUGUGGCCCUGUCAACUUGUCAUGGAUUGCAUGGGAUGUUUUUCGAUGGCAAUCACACCUACAUGAUUGAACCUGGAGGACAAGGCAGCAGCAGUGGAGAUGUCCGCAUUCACAUGAUCUAUAAAUCUGCAGGGCAAGAGGGAUUUAACGAUCUACUCAACGGUGAUCUGCCAGAGCCGCCUUUUCCCAGCCCUCCAUUUCCUGGGUCAAAAGUUGUUCACAGGAGAAAAAAAAGACAGGCUCCACGUGUGUCACGUAGUAUAGUGGAUGAGACCAAAUACAUUGAGUUGAUGGUGAUCAAUGACCAUUUAAUGUAUAAGAAGCAUCGGCUUUCCGUUGGGCACACGAAUAACUAUGCUAAGUCAGUGGUCAAUAUGGCUGACAUGAUUUUCAAGGAACAGCUUAAUACCCGCAUUGUGCUGGUUGCCAUGGAAACCUGGUCAGCUGACAACAAGUUCAACAUUGAUGACGACCCCAUGGUGACCCUGAGGGAGUUCAUGAAGUACAGGAAAGAUUUCAUAAAGGAGAAAUGCGACUCUGUUCACCUCUUCUCAGGGAAUCGCUUUCACAGCAGCUGGGGUGGAGCUUCCUACAUGGGCGGGGUUUGCUCCCUCACUAAAGGAGGCGGAGUGAAUGAGUACGGGAAAACAGAUGAGAUGGCCAUAACCCUCGCUCAGUCUCUUGGUCAGAAUAUUGGCAUCUUCUCUGACAAGAAGAGGAUUCUCAAUGGUGAAUGCAAGUGUGAUGAUCGUUGGUCAGGCUGUAUCAUGGAUGAUGUUGGUUUCUACCUGCCCAAGAGGUUCUCCGACUGCAAUGUGGAGGAGUACCACAACUUCCUGAACAGCGGAGGAGGAGCCUGUCUUUUCAACAAACCUCUUAAGCUUUUGGACCCACCCGUCUGUGGUAACGGCUUUGUGGAGCCAGGAGAGGAGUGUGACUGCGGCAGCCCAGCGGAGUGUGCCAGAGAGGGGGAUAACUGCUGUAAGAAGUGUACCCUGACUCAAGGCUCAAAGUGUAGCAACGGGCUCUGCUGCAACAACUGCCAGAUGGAGUUCAUGGGAGUUGUGUGUCGAGAUGCAGUGAACGACUGUGACAUCCCAGAAAACUGCACAGGCAACUCCAGCCAGUGUCCACCAAAUGUGCACAAGAUGGAUGGCUACACAUGUGAAAAGGAUCAGGGUCGCUGCUUCAAUGGAAGGUGCAAAACCAAAGACAGACAGUGCAAGUACAUCUGGGGAGAGAAGGCAACAGCAGCUGACAAGUUCUGUUAUGAGAAGCUCAACAUUGAGGGGACAGAGAAAGGCAACUGUGGGAAGGACAAGGACACCUGGAUCCAGUGUAACAAACAGGAUGUUCAUUGUGGGUACCUGCUGUGCUCCAACAUCUCACCUGCACCACGACUUGGAGAGCUGCAGGGAGGGCUGACCUCUUUCUCUGUAGCUCGACACAGCGCUUCUCUUGACUGCAGUGGUGCUCAUGUGCUGAUUGAUGGAGACACCGACCUGGGAUACGUCGAGGAUGGGACGGCCUGCGGGACAGACCGCAUCUGUUUCAAUCACAAAUGUCUCCCAAUCCAACAGUUUAACUUCAGCACCUGCCCCGGGACCACUGACAAGACCAUCUGCUCCGGACACGGGGUGUGCAGUAACGAGCUGAAGUGUGUGUGUUACCUGGGCUGGGCUGGAGAGGACUGUAACUCCACGUCUCCUCUCAGUUAUCUUGUGGUGGGACCGACUGCCUCAGUCUCAGGUAUCACCAGUACAAACAUCAUCAUCGGGGCCAUCGUAGGCUCCAUUCUCUUCCUCGCUCUCAUACUGGCUGUUACAGCCUGGUGCUACAAGAGCUAUAAGCAGAGACGCUAUGUCGAGUCUGAGGUCCACCGAAGAUUCUGCCGACAAAUGCCCCCAGGUGACUAUGUAACAAAGCCUGGGGAUGCAGAUUCAUUUUACAGUGACAUGCCUCCGGGUGUCAGCACAAACUCCGGCUGCAGCUCCAAGAAGAGGUCAGCCUGCCUGUCGCACCUGCAGAUUUGUACCCUGUCCUUCACUCCCUCCAUCCCAUCCAUUUCUCAGAACAUCUCACUGUUUGGCUUCAGAUCUAAUGGGCUGUCCCACUCUUGGAGUGAGAGAAUCCCAGAUGCCAAACACAUCUCUGACAUCUGUGAAAAUGGGCGACCGAGGAGCAACUCAUGGCAAGGAAAUCUGAGUGGUAAUCGUAAGAAACUGAAAGGAAAGAAGUUUCGUGCUCGCUCUAACUCCACAGAGUAUUUAACCCCUCGCUUCAAAACAGAGUUUUAUGAUGUAACUAAAUGGGUAGAAGAUGUGAAUAGAAACACUCAAGGACCUUACCUUAGGACGUUAUCCCCUGCCAAGUCUCCCACUUCCUCUACAGGAUCUAUUGCAUCCAGCAGGAGAUACCCAUACCCCAUGCCCCCUCUCCCCGAUGACCAGAGGAAAGCCAACAGGCAGAGCGCCAGGCUGUGGGAGACUUCAAUAUAACAGCCGUCUUACCCACGCUGCAAAAAACCUUAAGGAACUACACUUGUCUCUCCUUUUCUAUGAAUGAAAAAUACAAAAAUGAAACAAAAUUGACUCUAAACGACUAAAGAGAAAAAGAGAGAGAGCCCCCCCUCCCCACUGCAGUGGAAAUAGACAGAGGUGUGUGUGAGUUAGUAUGUGCAAGCAUCUCCGAGGCCGUCUAGCCAGACAUUCAGUGGAUCUCUACGAGACGAUGCGGAGUGCUGGCGGAAGAAAAACCAGCUCUGCAUCCACUCCAGACCAGCUGGAGCUCAGACUGAGCUGUUCCUGUCUGCUCAGGCCUCACCCAUGGGACUGGAAACCCCACCACUUUGACCCCCACCUUUUUUCCGUACCUGUCCCUGAGACCUUAAACCUCGACACACAUCCUCCUUAGCUCGGCUCUCUUCACCCUCACUUCAACACCACUGUCCCCUGAGUUAUUCAACCUCCUCUCUAAAAAAAAGAAAGAAAGAAAGAAAAAAAAAAGGGGCGGGGGGGCAGCAGAGCCAGGAGCAGGUCAUCAUUAUCACACACUGCAUCGCUGGAUUUGUCGGAUCAUUUUGACGCACGUGAAUCACUGUAUAAACUCCCCAACACAGUAUGCAUGAGACAACCCUGUUUAUCAGCAGCCUCCUCCUACUGAAAAGACGAGAAGAACAGCGGUCUGAUCUGAAAGGAAAGCAUGUGAGGGGGCAGUGAUUUUAUACCUUCUGUAGGCUUAGAUGCUUUCUUUCCACUAUAGGUAACCCAUAUUGUAUCACUAGUUAUAACCCAUAACCCCUGAAAUGGACCCGACCCUGACCCCUCCACCCUCGCUCUUCCUCCUCCCCCCUCCCUUCAGUUUGUUUGUGCGUGUGUAAAUAUGUACAGUAAAAUACACACAGAGUAUGUUUUUAUUUUGAAAGAGGAGACUCUCUUCCUCUUGGUGUAUUGUGUUGUAGACAGAAGCAGAUCUCUGUAGAUGAGUGUAGAGACCCCCGCACUCGUUCUUCUGUCUGUGUUUCUACUUUUCGUCCUCAUUUUCUCUUCCCUCUGGCUAUUUUCCUGUGUGACUGUGACCUCUAUAGCUUUCUCCAUCCACAGCAGAAUGUAAAAGUGUUCUUUUAUAUAUAUACAUAUAUAUAUAUUAACACUGGUUUCAUCCAUCUCUGGGAGAAAUACAUAGACACGAAGUGACGACUGAGGAAGUGUUGACAAAGACGUUGACUGUGGCACAGUGAGAAUGUUACUGAGAUGGUAUUAAUUUAGCGAAAUUUGAAUAGUUUUAUGUGCCAUUGCUGUGUGAAAUGAGUGGACUGAGAUGUGUUUGGUGUAGUUAUAGACGUGCCACUUUUCACUCGUGGUUUUUGGAAAUUACCCCAUUGAUAAUGUUAAGAUGUUUCGAGUUUUCCCUUGAUUCUGCAUUAGGAUGUUCGAGACCAGUGUGCUCCGUUUUUUUGCGGUGAGAGUACAUAAAGUCAGCGAGAAGUCAGUGACGUUAGCGUGGCUGAUAACCACGCUCUGUGAGAAUCACCAUGAUUGGAGAUGUGCAUUUUGGAUUUAGCUGUGAUGAUUGAGAUAUUUAGCCUUGUAAAUGAUUAACUAUGCUGUACAGUGCUUGCUGUUUGAGCUUGUGAAGACCAACAGCAUGACAGUUCUAUAUCAAAUUAAGUUAUUUCUCUGGUAGGCUGUUUGUGAGACCAUAAUGGGAAAGGAGCAUGUCGCUGAAAGACCUUUUCCCCCCUUAUUGCCUAUUGCUGUUGUCUUUAAUGGGUUUGUGUGCCGCAGACAGACUACACUGCUUUAGCAAAGUCAGGACAACUCAUGGCAGGAAGUCACAGGGUUUAAACAUGAUUAAGAAUGGAGAUUUUGUCAUGCCAGUGUAGCUUAUUUAAGGUGGAAAACGAAUCCCAUAUCACUCCCCAAAAGCAAGUUCUUUGUACAGUUACAGCUCAUUGCUCUACCUUGUGUAGAAACUGUUGUCUUAAGGCCUCUUGUUUGUCAUUUUACUGUUGUUAAGUUUUUGUUCCGGUGUGGACACUUGUUCAUUUGUAAUUCAUGUAUGCAUUAGGACUGUAUAGGUAAUAUGAUCGUCACAAUAUUGGACUAAUAUUGCUACUAGUAUCUUUUUUAUUAAGUACCUUUGUAAUGUUCACUUUUUUCUCAGCAUUAUGUACAGCAACUAUUCAAACAGUAAUUAAGUGCAUUAUUGUAAUUAUGUGUGUUGAUGAGUUUGAAUGGAGACAUGAUGACUUCUCUCUUUUUUAAAAAACACAUUAGUUCCUCUGGCACGUGCUGAUCUGUAUCACGUAAGUUUUGGGCACAGAUGUUGUAAAUGAGAUCUGACUGGGCUCCUGAUUUGCCUUCAUCCAGGGUUUUCCUCUUUGCCCUGGUCUUCUUAAAGUAUUGGUCAGAGUCCAGUGGCCCAGGCCACGGAAAGCAGCGUGUUUUCUCAGAGCUCUUGAGUAAUACUUUUAACACCAUAACAACGCGCUUGUACAGCAAGACAUUGGUCCUGGUGUCAUGGACGUUGCACUAUAUGACACUCUGAGGCGGUCAAUCUUCACAUAAACAUAUCUGCUGUAUCUGCCUGCGCACACGGGUGGACUGACCAAUCCCAACAGGACGACUCUGGUGAACGUCCCCACAGAUGAGCUGUCUAUGUCUCUGCCUGUCCAGAGACUUGAAUGUAUUUGUGUGCUGGAGCACAACAAAACCACCCAGUCCUCAACCAUGUGGCCCCAUCCUGCCAGACACAUCGGCACUCUGCUCCAGGAACCUUAAAAACCCCACAUGUACUAGUUCAAAUCUAAAACUGCAGUUGCUGUCUAUUUUUCUUUUUACUUUUUAAUUUUUGCCUGUAUGCUGUACAGACUGAUGAUGCAAAAAUCAAUCCCCAUAUUUUUUUCUCCUCUUAAUCAUUCAGUAUUGUAAUAUAUUUAAUAUAAAAUAAAACUUUCAUCAACACAA